CCGCCGGGGGAAAAGCUCGGGCGACCCGAACGGGCGCGAUGGAGGAAGAGGAGGACCCCUUCCCCCCCGGGCUCAACCUCUCCGCCCCCGGCGCCCCUCGAGCCCUCCCCGUCCCGCGGGCGGCCGGGGCGGGCGCCGUCCUUCUGCUGGCGCUGGCGGGCAACGGGCUGGUGCUGCGGCGGCUGUGGGGCUGCCGGCCGCGCCGGCGAAGGGACCUGCUGGUGGGGCACCUGGCGCUGGCCGACCUGGCGGGCUGCGGGCUGGCCCUGCUGCCGCGCUUGGCGGCCGAGCUCCGCGGCUCCGCCGGUGCCCCCGGCCCCACCGCCUGCCGCCUGCUGCCGCUGCUGCAGCGGUGCGGACCGCUGGCCUCGGCCCACGGGCUGGUGCUGCUGGCGCUGGAGCGGCGCCGCCCGGCUCUGCCCGCCCGCGGCUUGGCCGCCCUGGGCUGGCUGCUGGCUCCGCUCCUCGCCCUGCCCCAGGCCUUCGUCUUCCGACCGGCUCCGCGCCCCGGCGAGCCCCGUUGCCGCAGCGUCUUCGAGGAGCUGCCGCCCUGGCAAGGCUUGGCCUUCGCCGCCUACGGGGCGGCCACCGGCUUCCUGGCGCCCGCCGGGCUCCUCUGCUGGGCCUGCGCCCGCAGCCUGACCGCCCUCGGGGCCGCCCGACGGCCGGCGGGCCGCGGGCGGCGGCGCCGGCGGCCGGCGCGGAGCGGCGGGGGUCUGCCCCGCGGGCGGGCGCGGAUGCUGCGGCUGCCGCUGGUGCUGGCGGCUCUCUUCGCUGUCUGCCGCCUGCCCCGCUGCGCGAUGGAACUCGGCUUGGCCUCAGCGCCCGGCGGCGGCGGGCGGCGGGAGGCGCUGGCGGCGCUGGGCAUCGUGGCGGCGGCCAACAGCGCCCUCAACCCCUACGCCUGCCUGCUCCUCCACGGCCGCCGCCGUCGCCGGCCCCCCCGCGGGACCGGGACGGCGACGACCACCACCGCCGCCGCCUGCUGCUGCCACCGCACCCGACGGUCGGCGGCGGCGCCGCCGCGGGGCCGCUCUCCGCCGCCCGCUCCGCCGCCGCGCCCGCACCCCGAGCACCGUCGGCACCCCGACCACCGCCGGCACCCCGACCACCGUCGGCACCCCGAGCACCGCCGGCACCCCGAGCCCCGUAGGCACGCCGAGCACCGCCGGCACCCCGAGCCCCGUAGGCACGCCGAGAACCGCCGGCACCCCGAGCCCCGUAGGCACCCCGAGCCCCGACGGCACCCGCGGCUCCCCCGGCGUCCCGUCGCCUGCAGCAGCCGCGCCCGGGGCGUGCGUUAGCGCGGUGACGGCGCGGUGAUGGCGCGGCGGCGGAGGCUCCGGUCCCGAGAAGGGGAUGGGACGGGACGGGACGGGACGGGGGCUGGGCGCGGGGAAGCGUUCCGGCGGCCGCACGACGGUGCCCGCGGUCGUUCACCUUCACGCAGCUUGGGGGGUUGUCUUCCCUCCUUUUGUUUCUACUCUUUUCGGUGUGUUUUCGUGUCAAACACGCUUUACGGAGGAGCGGGCGGUAGCGGCGGGAUGUCUGUUGCUAUGCGAGCUGCCCGAACGUUGUUCCCAUUCAGAGCCCGACUGACUUGUCAUCCUUACAAAGCCUUACGAGUAUUUCGGUCGUACUUUGUGGCUUUCGUGACACCUCGUUCAGAAAUAAAAUCGCUCAGUCCAAGAAAUUUCUCUUU